UUUAAGUUUCUGCUUUUAAUUUGUGUCGAUGUUUUUGGUUUUAUAACGAUUUUAUGGUUUGUCCAUUGCCAUCCAAACCCGCAGAGUGUUUCUGAGUACUUUGAAGGGUGGAUGGGCUCAAAAGUUCCACUCUCCAUCACUUCUUCUGAAGCCAAGCUAGGCAUACGAAACCAGACAAAAACAAAGAAGAAUCCUACAAAUUCUUCAGUUUCUCAGCAGUUAGUUUUACUCUGAACAGGUAUUAGAAUAUGCAUUCAUUAGAGAACAGUAACUGUUCUAGCUUCAGGAUUUAAGCCCUGACAAACAGGAACCACAAGCUUUAACUUCACCAAACACUUUAAUUGCUGCCAUAUACUUCAAUCACAGGUUUGAGAUGGUGAACGUUAAACUGAAAACCAUGUUCUGCUUGAGGCACUUUCUGGUGCUGUCUUUGGCUUUGAAUGUCAGUUUGAUCCUCAAAAUGCUGUGUGUGGGUGAACAAGAUAACAACUGGUGUUGCUUGCAGAAAAGGGGGCAUAAUCACCUCAUACACAAAGCGCGUUUGGCUGCUUCAGCAGUUGUCAACUCUACUCGUGCAGAUCAUGGCUCAGCCAGAGAUAGAGUAAUCAACCUUGACCAUGGAGAUCCAACAAUGUAUGAAGGGUUUUGGCGAAGAAUGGGUGAGAAGACGACUUUAGUAAUUCCGGGGUGGCAAUCCAUGAGCUAUUUUUCUGAUGGAGCAACAAGCAUUUGCUGGUUCAUGGAGAGGGAGUUUGAGAAGGAAGUGUUGAGGUUGCAUAGAGUGGUGGGCAAUGCAGUCACAGAAGGUCGUCACGUUGUUGUUGGGACCGGUUCUUCUCAGCUAAUAUUGGCUGCUCUUUAUGCUCUGUCCUCGCCACAUGCUGCUCAACCAAUCAGUGUUGUAUCUGCCGCACCCUUUUACUCGUCCUACCCAUUAAUGGUAGAUUACCAGAAAUCAGGUCUUCACAAAUGGGAUGGUGAUGCAGAGAGUUUUGACAAAGAUGGUCCUUACAUUGAGCUGGUUACUUCUCCGAAUAACCCUGAUGGAUAUACAAGGCGAUCGGUGGUUAACCGAAGCCAGGGAAUAUUGGUUCAUGACCUUGCCUAUUAUUGGCCUCAGUACACUCCAAUAUCAUCCCCUUCAGAUCAUGACCUUACUCUUUUCACUGUCUCAAAAAGUACUGGUCAUGCAGGAAUGCGCAUAGGGUGGGCUCUUGUGAAAGACAGAGAGGUAGCAAAGAAAAUGACUAAAUUCAUAGAGCUAGCUACAAUUGGUGUCUCCAAGGAUUCUCAACUCAGGGCUGCCAAGGUUUUGAAAACAGUGUCUGACAGCUGCGAACAAGAAAAUUUUCAAGAUGGGGAAUCAUUUUUCGAGUACAGUUUUAAGAUCAUGGCACAAAGGUGGAAGCUGCUGAGAGAAGCAGUUGAGGGUGGUGGUUUGUUCAGUCUGCCCCAAUUUUCACCUGCAUUCUGCACCUUUUUUGACCAAGUGACAGAACCUCAACCAGGCUUUGCAUGGAUGAGGUGUGAGGGAGAUAUAGAAGACUGUGAAAGCUUCCUUCGAGGACAUAAGAUUUUGACAAGAAGUGGGAAACAAUUUGGGGCUAGCCCAAAGUAUGUAAGGAUUAGCAUGCUGGAUACAGAUGAAAAUUUUAGCCACUUCAUAGAUAGGCUAUAUGCCAUACAACAGUGAAUGGAAAUUUCUCAGUGACAUUAAGUUUACAUAUACUGAUAGAAGUCAACUAUUAGCAAAUUUCUCUAUCUACACUUGACAACAAAGUUGAUUACUGUA